AUGGCCUCCCUCACCCGCAUCAACCUCGCCCCUACCGUGCGCACCCUCGCGUCCGGUGUUCCGGCUGCGCGCGCCGCAUUCAACCUCCCCCCUCAGCCUGACCACCACCACGCCCCUCGCGCCGACACCCCGGCCAAGUUUGCGACCUACACUGCCAACGGCGUGUCUAACCUCCGUGUCAAUGCCAACCCAACAGGCGUGUUCAACCAGCGCCGCAUCCACACCUCGUCGCGCGCGCUCGCCGGCCGCGACCAGAACGGCGUCCCCAACAUGAGCGCGUACAAGACGAGCAACGAGUCGUCGAACCGCACCAUCCAGUACUUUAUGGUCGGCGCCAUUGGUGCUCUUUCGGCUUCGGGCGCAAAGUCGAUGGUCUCGGACCUUCUUUCCAACAUGUCGGCGUCGGCCGACGUCCUCGCCCUCGCCAAGAUUGAGGUUGAGAUGGGUGCCAUCCCCGAGGGCAAGAACCUCAUUGUCAAGUGGCGCGGAAAGCCCGUCUUCAUCCGCCACCGCACCCCCGACGAGAUUGACGAGGCGCGCUCGGUCGACGUCAAGGUGCUCCGUGACCCCGAGACGGACGAGGAGCGCACCCAGCGCCCCGAGUGGCUCGUCAUGCUUGGCGUCUGCACCCACCUCGGCUGUGUCCCCAUCGGCGAGGCUGGCGAGUACGGAGGCUGGUUCUGCCCCUGCCACGGCUCGCACUACGACAUCUCGGGCCGUAUCCGCAAGGGCCCUGCGCCGCUCAACCUCGAGAUUCCCGAGUACGGCUUCAACGACGCCGAGGAGAAGAUUGUCGUCGGUUAG